UAAAAGAGGAAAAUCAUCGACCUAUUAAAGUAACCUAACCUUUGAUAAGUCGAUGACAAAAAUGCGAUUGACGUUUCAUAGACGAUUUUGUAUAUAUUAGUGUCAGCUAACAUAAUUUUACAAAUAACAGUAAAAAUUAACGAAAUGCUAAAACUAAUAAAGGAAAUAUCGUCAAAUGUGGGUAAAUCCUUUAGCAAAAGAGGCCUGCAAACUAGUUCAAUAGUUCAACAUGAUAACUUAUUCGUACAUAGAGAUACUCCCGAAAAUAAUCCAGAUAUCGUAUUUGAAUUUACUCCAGAAAAUAAAAAGAGAGCUGAAGCCAUUUUAGCUAUAUAUCCAGAAGGUCAUAAAAGAGCAGCUAUGAUACCUUUACUUGAUUUAGCUCAAAGGCAAUAUGGUUGGUUACCAAUUUCAGCAAUGAACAAAGUAGCUGAAAUAUUAAACUUGCCCAAAAUGAGAGUAUAUGAAGUUGCUACAUUCUACACCAUGUUUAUGAGGAAACCUACUGGAAAAUAUCAUGUUCAAAUUUGUACUACCACCCCAUGCUGGCUUAGAGGCUCAGAUGAAAUUCUAGAAGCCAUUAAAAAAAACCUAAAAUUAGAAGUUGGAGAGACGAGUAAAGAUAUGAUGUGGACUUUAUCAGAAGUCGAAUGUUUAGGAGCAUGUGUUAAUGCACCUAUGGUCCAAAUUAAUGAUGAUUAUUAUGAGGAUUUAACUGUACAAAGUACAAAUGAAAUUUUAGAUGAAUUGAAAAGUGGAGGAAAGCCUGCCCCUGGACCAAGAAGUGGUAGAUUUGCUGCUGAACCAAUUGGUGAACCAACUUCUUUGAAAUGUGAACCACCAGGUCCUGGAUUUGGAGUGAGAAGCGAUUUGUAAAUUUAGUUACUUAAAAUUAGUUUUGAUUUCAAACUGAUAUUUGUACCACUUAUACAAAAGCCCUAAUAGUCCUUUAACAUAAAGAAUGCAAUUUUCCUCACAGAAUCCAAACAUUAAAUUGCACAUUUUUUUAUUUUAUCCUAGGUGUUGGAAAUUGCGUUAAUUUACAAAGAAUAUAGUAUAUUGUAAAAUGAAAAUAAAAAAUAUCACAAAAUAA